CACCACCUACGACGGCUGCGAAACACACAGCUGAUACGUGCUUGUCGUGCAUGACUUAACUAUAAAACCACGUAACGUAAUGAGCACAAAAUGUUAUUUUGUUUUGUAAGCUAAAGUGAUACAAGUGUGUCUGAAAUUCAACCAUACAGUUCCUAGUCUCUUCAGCUAGUUGCUGAAUAAAUUUAUUCGACAAAAAUGGGAAAUAGAUCAAGUUUGCUUCUACGAGAAGAAGAAAUAGCACAAAUAGAAGAAGCCACUGGCUUUACACCAAAUCAGAUCGAACGUCUGUACAGUCGUUUCACGAGCUUAGACAGAGGAGAUUGUGGUACACUUAGUCGCGAGGACUUUUUGAGAAUUCCUGAAUUGGCUAUCAAUCCAUUGGGAGACAGAAUUGUUAACGCUUUUUUCGAAGAGAGUAACAGUGAUAGAGUCAACUUUCUCCAAUUCAUGCAAGUUCUCGCCCGUUUCAGACCUAUCAAAAAAAAUGGCAUGAAUAUUUUAAAUUCUCGCGAAGAGAAAUUGCGUUUUGCAUUUAAGAUGUAUGAUCUAGACAAUGAUGACUUAAUUUCCAAAGAAGAACUCUUAGCAAUUUUACAAAUGAUGGUUGGUGCAAACAUAAGCGAGGAACAGUUGUCUAGUAUUGCAGAACGUACACUUUCAGAAGCUGAUGAAGAUGGAGAUAACAUGAUCAACUUUGAAGAAUUUUGUAAAGCAUUGGAGAGAACUGAUGUAGAACAAAAAAUGUCUAUAAGAUUUCUUAGUUAGUUUCUCUUCAAAUUCUGGAUAUUUGUUUAAAUGUUUUCUUAUGUAUAUUUAUUUUUUUUUAAUUGACACCGAAAUUUUGCAUGGCAAAUAAAUGUAUUUAAUAGGUA